CUGCUUCAGCCUCCCCAGUCGCUAGGAUUACUGUGCCACUGCUCCUGGGCUUAAAUCUAUUUUAAAUUCUGAUUUCUAUUCUGUUCAAAUGAACUAUAGUAUGAUAGCUAAUACACAUCAAGAGCUUUCUAUGUAAUCCAGGUGGCUUUAUAAUUUUGUUCUAACCAGAAAAUUAUUUAAAGCAGUCGCAACUUUUAGACAAUACAGUCUCAAGGAGAAGAAAGAGAGGGCAGCACUGAGAACUGAAAUGUGUCGUCUUGAGGACUGUGUUCUUUAUACAGCAUUUAUACUGACGUCAUCUUUUAAAAACUAAAAAUCUUGUAUCACUUAUUUAGAAAAGAGAGUGGCGUUUUUAAGAUGAGUAUCUCCAGCUUGCCCGCCUCCGAUGAUGGCUAUUAACCAAAAGAACGUACUCUUUUGGCGGCUAUGGAAAAUAAGACGGAAAAGUAAGAAUGAGUUUUGGAGUGUAAAUCAACCUCCCAGACAGCCAGUAAGACCGUGGAUUCCCGGGCCCCGCCUUCUUCACAGCCCCCCCCCCCCAACCCGCGGGGUGGAGCACCUGCCAGGGCGCGCAGGGCGGGGCCGAGAAAUGUGCUGUCCACUGCGCGCGCGGCAGGGGUUCCAGUGAGCAAGUGCGGCGGGGCGCUCGGUGCAGUUGAGCGUGCGGGCUGAGUCCUGAAGGGUUGCGGGACCUGGGCACGAUGAAACCCGAAGGGGAGCGGCCGACGGUCGGGGUUGCGUGCGAUGGCUUCUCAGAGCUGGAGCUGCUGAAACUGCGCGCGGCGGAGCGCAUCGACGAGGCGGCUGAGCGGCUGGGGGCCCUGAGCCAAGCCAUCUGGAGCGAGCCUGAGCUGGCCUACGAGGAACACCGUGCCCACCGUGUGCUGACGGGCUUCUUCGAGCAGGAGCCGCCGGCCGCCUCCUGGGUGGUGCAGCCGCACUAUCAGCUGCCGACCGCCUUUCGCGUGGAAUGGGAGACACGGAGCGCAACGCGGUGCGCGCUGCACUUGGGCUUCCUCUGCGAGUACGACGCGCUGCCCGGCAUCGGCCACGCCUGCGGUCACAACCUCAUAGCCGAGGUUGGGGCGGCGGCCGCUCUGGGAUUGAGGGGGGCCCUAGAGAGCCUCCCUGGGCCUCCUCCAUCGGUGAAGAUAAGUGUCCUGGGAACCCCUGCAGAAGAAGAUGGUGGUGGCAAAAUUGAUCUAAUUGAAGCAGGAGCUUUUAAAAACCUCGAUGUUGUUUUCAUGGCCCAUCCAUCCCAAGAGAAUGCUGCUUAUCUACCCGAUGUGGCAGAACAUGAUGUGACUGUGAAAUACUAUGGAAAAGCAUCUCAUGCUGCUGCUUACCCCUGGGAAGGAGUCAAUGCCUUAGAUGCUGCUGUUCUUGCCUACAACAAUUUGUCUGUGUUAAGACAGCAAAUGAAACCAGCCUGGAGAGUUCAUGGUAUAAUAAAAAAUGGUGGUGUAAAACCAAAUAUCAUUCCCUCUUACUCUGAAUUAAUUUAUUACUUCCGUGCACCCUCAUUGAAAGAACUUCAAGUUUUGACCAAAAAGGCAGAAGAUUGCUUCAGAUCUGCAGCUUUGGCUACAGGGUGCACAGUAGAAAUUAAAGGUGGAGCACAUGAUUAUUACAAUGUUCUACCCAACAAGAGCCUAUGGAAAGCUUACAUGGAGAAUGGAGAAAAGCUGGGAAUGGAAUUCAUUUCAGAAGAUAUAAUGCUGAAUGACACUUCAGGAUCUACCGAUUUUGGAAAUGUUUCUUUUGUGGUCCCUGGAAUUCAUCCAUAUUUUUACAUUGGAUCCAACGCCUUGAAUCAUACUGAAGAGUACACUAAAGCUGCAGGAUCACAAGAAGCUCAGUUCUACACUUUGCGAACAGCCAAGGCUCUAGCAAUGACUGCAUUGGAUGUUAUUUUUAAACCAGAAUUGCUGGAAAGAAUCAGAGAGGACUUUAAAUUGAAACUUCAGGAAGAACAAUUUUUAAAUACAGUAGAAUAAAAAGGAGACUUAGGAGUGGUUUAUGAAUCAUUAAGAAGUGAUGAUUUUUUUCUUUAAUCUUUUUUAAUGAAGAGAACAUGCUUGUUUUGAAUCUUAAAGGAAUCAAAUUCUUCUUACCUGAUAUGUAAGAACAGGGUAUGGUGAAAACAUAUUCACUCAUAUCUAAAAUGAAAUUUUUGGGUGAAUCUAUACUUGAUGGAAUUGUGAUAUUUCAGGAGUUGGUAGGUGAUACUGCUGCUUAAGAUGGAUGGUACAUGAUGUGUCAAAAUAAUAUUGAUAAAAUCUGUAUAAUAAUUUACAGAUUUAUAUAUUAUAUAUUUUAAAAGGUCCAAGAGGUUUCAAACCUUAUAUACAGAAUUGACACCCACGAAAUGGUUUUGUGGUACAGAGUGGUAAACUUAUUUAAUGUAGUUUUAAAGUUCAUGGUCUAAAUUUAGGUAAAGUUUGUUUCAAAUAUUUCUGUUUUUGCUUCAAAAAAUCUCUUCAUUUAUAAUAAAAGUAGCUUUUAAUUAGAAAUGCUUACGGGUAACAACUAGAAACUCAGAUACAAAGAAUAACUUUAGUUUUACCAUUUGAAGAAAAAUGAGAAUGUUCUAGUUUUUACACAUGAUCAACUCUGGGAAGUGGCAUUAAAGUAAUUGGUAAUUCAAUGUUACAGUAAGAGGGUAAAUGUUGGAUGGUCAGGAUCGGACUCUUCCUUUAAGGCAUUUKCAUGGUAGCCCUGUGUGUUCUAGGGAGGAGCAUUGGCUGGCACCUACCCUGCUCUCUGGAAUGUUCAGAAUCCUGCACUGCCCCUCCAGCCAGCAGCCUGCUUAGGCUCCCACUCAGAAGCCAGCUUGCCCCACCUGGCUGCACUGAAUUCUGAGCCUCCUUAAGCCUCCUGCUAGCUCAGUAUUUUUUAAAAAUUAUUACAGGUUUUCCAUGAUUCUUAUUUUAGUGUGAAUUUCUUGAACAUGCUAAAAAGAAUGUGUGAAAAAAAUAUUUGGUAAAACAGAUAUUUUAAGCUGCGAAUGCAAUAAAGCUCCAAUGUACUUUAUUUUAAAGGAAGUCCUCAGCUUUGAACAAGCAUUCCAGAAAUGGAAAGGGAAGGAGAGAAAGUGUGCAUUUGGCUUUUAUGGUAUAAUAAGCAAGUCACUUGGGCCCUCUGAGCUAUCAACUCACUUUUUGAAAAGUUAGAUCUUCUACUUACAGUCUUUUGAACCCCUAAUUCCUGCUGUAUYUCAAAUUAUUUAAAAUUGCAAGAGAGGUGGUUGUGUUUGGGAGAGUUAGUAGUUGAGAACUGCCUUUCUUCUGUAUAAGGGUCUGUGGAUUAUGUGCCUGAUUUUGGCAUAUAGCUGCCUUCUUUUAAAGCCUGCCAAGAAUGGGUUUAUAUUUUUUAAAGGGUUGCUAAACAAAACAAAACAGAGACUAAAUAAUAUGACCUGCAAAACCUAACAUCUUUUCUGUCUGGCCUUUUUCAAAAAAGGUUGCCAGCCCUGGCUGUGUAUAACAGUAAAAUAAAAUCCGUGUCUCUUUGACUUAGGUCAUAUGGUCGGAUCUUCUGGCAUAAAACUUCAUAAAGAAACCCCCAUAUCUUUUAGCAAUGACUUCUAAUGCUGUGAUUAGAAAUAAUUUCUUUCUUAACCCUCACACUUCAAAGGUAUUUUCAUAAACCUUUACUUAACUGAAAUUACCAUUGGUUGAUUUUUACAACAUCAAAUUUCUAAAUAUUUUAAAAUGUAAAGAGGGAAGUGUUAAAUUAUUAUCUAAACAAAGUGUUCCUUUUAGAAAAGGAAGGAUUCUGUUCAGCUCCUCCUCCUCCCUUUUUUUUUUUUUUUUUUUGAGACCAGGACUCACUAACCUUGAACUUUUAGUUCUCUUGCCUCAGCCUCCCAAGUAGCUGGGUUUGAGGCAUGUGUCAUAGCACCUAGCUUUACCUCUUUAUUCUUACAAGAUGAAUGUUAAUUCUUAGAUGGUUAGCAAAUAAGACUCAUUUUUUUUAAAGACUGAGAGGGAGGGAGAGAGAGAGAGAGAAUUUUAAUAUUUAUUUUUUAGUUCUCG